CCGCCCCUCGCUCCGUGGCCCCGCGGGCUCGUUCCCGGCAUGGUGCUCUCUGAGCUGGCUGCGCGCCUCAACUGCGCCGAGUACAAGAACUGGGUGAAGGCGGGCCACUGCCUGCUACUGCUACGCGGCUGCUUGCAGGGCUUCGUCGGCCGCGAGGUGCUCGCCUUCCACCGCAGCCUGCUAGCCGCCGCCCCCGGCCUGGGCCCCCUCGCCACCUGCCGCAGCGGCUCGCGGUGCAGCCCGCGCGCCCGCCAGUUUCAGCCUCAGUGUCAGGUGUGCGCAGAGUGGAAACGGGAGAUUUUGAAACAUCACACCAGCAGAAAUGGAGACGUUCACUGGGGAAACUGCCGGCCGGUCCGCUGGCCGGUCGACGCCUGGGAGGUGGCCAAGCCCCAUAUAGAUAGAUGUCUCCUAGGGUUGGAGGAGACUCGGGUGCCCCUUGGGCCUCCCCUGCUGCAGGCCUUCAUGCCCCGAGGACUGGCAGACAAAACAGGACCCGAGGAAUGUGACGCGGUUGCUCUUCUAAGUCUCAUCAACUCCUGUGAUCACUUCGAGGUUGAUCGAAAGAAAGUCACAGAGGUGAUUAAGUGUCGUAACGAGAUCAUGCACUCUUCAGAGAUGAAAGUAUCUUCUGUGUGGCUUCGAGAUUUUCAGAUAAAGAUCCAAAAUUUUCUGAAUGAAUUUAAGAAUAUCCCAGAGAUUGUGGCGGUAUACUCCCGAAUAGAACAGCUGUUGACAUCUGACUGGGCUGUUUACAUCCCUGAGGAGGAUCAGCCAGAUGGGUGUGACUAUGAAACAGGAGUUUACCUGAGUGAGCACCAAGUAAACGAGAUAGAAAUGGAGUUACUAAAGGAAAAACUUCAAGAGCUAUAUCUUCAAGCAAAGGGACAAGAGGUGUUGCCUGAAGAGAUCUUAAAUCAACUGGAAGUGGUGAAAGAAUUUCUGAGAAACAACGAGGAUCUUAGAAAUGGUCUUACAGAAGAUAUGCAGAAGCUAGACAGCCUCCAUCAACAGCCUCAAAAACUGGAUUCGAAGGAACCUAGGGCACAGACACCUGAAGGGAAGGCCUGAAGUGAGUUUAAGCAUAUGAUGGUUGACCUUCAACAAAAAUCAGGCAUGUUCUGUGAAAGUCAGCCGGGUUUCCAUCUCAGCCGUCCUUUUCUGUGCAAAAGGGAAAACUUACCCAAGUACUCCACUCAAACAAAAAGGAAUUUGUGUCAUCUUUUCCUGGACUUUCCUUUAACUCUUUGGGAGUUUUUUUUUUUUUUUUUUUUUUACAUUCCUAAUCUUGGUGUUAUGUGAUCUGUACCAGCCAAAAAAUAUUAGAUACUCUUGUGCCAAA